CAAUUUACUAUCCGUACUAAUCAAAUCUCCUGUCCCACACUUGCGCACCGCUUCAAAAUCAUCCUCUCUUCUUGUUUACUCGCACUCUGUUCUCCAUCUGCUUCUCGUGUGCGCUGCGCCAUUCUCGAAUCACCUCGCCCUAUCAAUCACCCUUGUCGCGUCGUUAAAUCUCAGACCGCAUCCUAGCUCCAACAACCGACAACUCCCCCCACCUCGAACCUCCUACAAUCAUCAUCCGCCCAAUACAAUCGCCUAGAAAUCAUUCAAGAUGGGUGGACAAAUCUCGAAGAUGAUGAACAAGAUCUUCGGAUCGAAGGAAAUGCGUCUCUUGAUGUUGGGGCUUGAUGCCGCCGGCAAGACCACAAUUCUCUACAAGCUCAAGCUUGAUCAAGACGUCACCACAAUUCCCACCGUUGGCUUCAACGUCGAAACUGUCACCUACAAGAACACCAAGUUCAAUGUCUGGGAUGUCGGUGGUCAAGAUAAGAUUAGGCCUCUAUGGAGACACUAUUUCUCUGGCACUCAAGGUCUAAUCUUCGUGAUCGACUCCAACGACCGCGAUCGCAUCGAAGAAGCUAAGACUGAACUCACGAGAAUCAUACAAGACCGUGAAAUGAAAGAUGCCCUACUAUUGGUAUUCGCAAACAAGCAGGACAUUUCUGGAGCCAUGAGCCCCAAGGAAGUCUCAGACAAACUACAACUUGAUCGCGUCGCCAAGGACCACGUCUGGAAGGUCGAGCCGAGCUGUGCGACCACUGGCGAAGGCAUCUUCGAGGGCCUUGCAUGGCUCUCGAACAACGUCAAACUCCCACCGAAAUAGACGCACCUCUACGAUCACAACGACGAUUCAAUGCUACGAGUUUCUUGCAUAUACCCUUGCUUCUCACAUUGGCACCCCUUCAGACCUUGUCUUCAUACCUAAUUUUCUGCCGUAAUUGCACGGCUUCUUUCUCUGGGAGAAGAGAAGCAUUGACAAAUAAUUCUCUUAUAAUUAUGAGGCGACACUCGGCACUGUUUCGUUCCAUCUAGCAGCAAUUCAUUCAAGAGGUGGAACUGUAUUAGUAAAGCGGCAUCAUGAGGAGUUGAUGACUUGGCUUGCAUGGCGUCGGAGAUACUUCUCCGCCUUCAGCGAGGUCAGGUGUAAUGCUCAGACGAGCGGAGGGAGAAUGUUGUACUACAAUCAUAAUGCCUAGAAAUGAGGAAUAGAUCCCUGGAAU